AUGGCACAUGCUGCGGUCUGCACAAUACUUAAGCUUGCCCGUCCGAACCGUGUUGGCCAAGGCUAUAGAGGAUUUGCACCUUCUGUUCUUAUGGGACCUACUGGCGCCUCUCUCAUUCGUAAAUCCCAGCCUGGCUGUUCGCCCUCCUUACCAGCGGAACUGUGGCUUCGGAUACUUAGGAUAGCGACAUCCGUACCUGAUGCCGUUGCCCCUACUGCCGACGAUAUCUACACACCCCGCAGUGGACGCCCAGAGCAGCGAGAAAAUCAGCCCUUACGCGACUCCCUGGUGACAAAGCGUUACCUAGUACGCGUCUGUAGACUGUGGAGGGCUCUUGCUUCGAGGUUCCUGUAUGAGGCCGUGGUCAUUGGUCGAGGGCACACCAUUCCGUCUCUCCGUGAUACGCUGGUCGCGUCUAAGCAUGCCACUGAAAGCAUGGCAAACGAAUAUCGUCCUCUGGGAUGGUAUACGCGGCGCCUGGACCUGUCUGUACGUGGGCAGACUCAUAUCACCACCGGUCCGGCACAUGUCGAGCUCGAUUACCUUGCGGAGAUCAUUCGGUGUCUCCCGAAUCUUGCUAUCUUCACGGUAAACGUGACCACCAAACAGUACCCGGAUACGAUGCCUGCCUCGGUUAUGCAAGCGCUCGCAGAGAACUGCAGUACAUCUUUGCGCGUCCUGCAUUGGCCCGACUGCGGGAGCCGAGUGGGAAGGGUCCUUGAUCCAAAACCAGCUGAAUGGCGCAUGCUUCUCACUGCUGCGUCGAACCUCAAGGCUGUCCGUUGCUCAGAUAUGCUCUACUCAUCUCGGGGAUAUGAGAAUCACCACUCCAUCUUCCCCGAUCUUCCCGGCUUGACCACCCUGACCCUGUCCAACAAGGUGUGCAAAGAUUACCUCGGCUCUCCUCAUUCAUUGCCAUCCUUACGUCAUUUGCGGUACCACGACUGCUCCUCCUGCAUCCCCCAUGCCUGGAAGGGCUUGCUGCAGCUGUACGGCGCUCACCUAGCCGCUGUGACACUCAUUUUCCAUCACUUCGGUGCUGAUGUCCAAGGACAUCUGGACUUGUUGGCCGAGUUCUGCCCUCGUCUCGAUAAAUUGCUGCUGUGCUUCCGUUCAUGGCCUCGUUUCCCCGCUCACCUUCGCCUUCCCCCCAUCACCUGCCUCGCGCUCAUGUCCGCGAAACCGAAUUCGACCAACGCGGAAUGCAUGGCCCUGUUUGCUUCGCUGUCUACUAUCGACGUUCAAGACUUGCAGACCGUGCGAGUCAUGCACGAACGAGACGUAGCCAAGCUACGUAGCAGAAAUUCCAAGCUGUUAGAUAUAGGGCUGGCACAGCUCCGGUGUCGCAAGUUUCAGCUAGAAGAUCAUGCGGGCACGAUAUUGAUGGCAAGGAAAGAGUAG